AUGGUGGCAAAAAAGCGCUUUUUUGUGCCUUCUGACUCCCUGAGAGACCUGGAAAGCACACAUAUCAAGUCUGAACUGUCCAAAGAGCUGGCCUUGUUUGUACCAGAUGACGAAGAUGACGAAGACAAACCAAACUUAUCAUCAAGCAACAUCGAACCGCGCCAACCUGAAACUAUAAAUUUGGAUUCCGAUGACGAAACCAAGCCAAAAACAAGCCAAAGAGAUAAUAAUAACUUGCAUCCAUCCAUACUAUAUCCAGCAUUCGAAAGAAGCAUAAUUUCCAUCCUUGGAAAUAUCCCAUCAAAGAAGAUACGACAGCUAUAUUCAGCAUUUUCAUUUCAAAAAGAUCCUGUAAGUUUGGCAAUUGACCGAUACUUCUCCGAUGCAGAAGGUGCUAGAACUCCAUCCCAAGAGCAUGAAUCAACGGUAGAAAAGAAGAGGCAACUGCCGUUACCAUUAACUCCAGUGGCCGCAAAUCGGUCGAAUGUACAAACAGAAAUUACGUCUGAAACCAAAGAUCCUCUUAAACGACAUAUAGGUAGUCUCACUGUUUAUGCGUGGGCUACUCGUCCAACUAUGAGGCCGCUUUCCCGUUUUCAAAAGUUGCAACUUAAGAGGUUGAUUCCACGAAAACUUACUGGUGUGAAAAAGUCACCUUCAAAGUUCGGAGAUACUGCGGUUAUUCGAUUGCUUACGGUACCGGAACUGGCUAACGUAGAUGGCCGUGAGAUAGGUCGUUUACCGGAAGAUUUGACGAGAAUCUUUGCUCCUUUACUUGACCUCGAAGUUGCCUGCUUUGAGGCAACUGUUGUCCUAGAUACAACACGCCGCCUAUCUGUUGGUGACUCUUUCUGUGUUCAAGUAGACUGUUUUCUAACGGAAAAUGCUUUCGAAUCAUCGAUCGCUGCCUCUCUUAAUAGUGGUCUCACCAAGAAAAGAAAGAUAGACCAAAGCACAAGGUUCAAUUUCGCUACUGAAACAGAAUCGGAAUCUGUUCUCAGACUCCGUCAGACUUCACUUUCACGGCUAUUUGAUAAGUUGGGUAUAGUGCCCUUUGUUUUGGAUGACGAAGAACGAGAAGGUGAGGAGCCUAACAGUUCUCAAUCGCUCUCGACCAUUCCUGACCAAUUAAGCUUGGACCAGUUGAAGCAAUUCUACAAGUCCAAUCAGCACUCUAAGCUAUUGGAUAGUCUUCCAAGUACAACACGGCCCUCGUCCUCCAAUUUUCAAGUUGAGCUACGUAAGUAUCAAAGACAUGGUCUUUCAUGGAUGCUAGCUCGUGAAAAAGAGCUUGGGUUGCUCGAACAGCUCUCCCUGUUAGACAUGGGUGAUGCUCUCUCUACCCAGUCCAGAGAAACCAUUCAACAGAGUAACGACGGAAUAAUGAAUCCUUUAUGGAAAAGCUUCAAAUGGCCGCCGGACAGGUCCAUCAACAAAUCUUCCUCGGUACCGCAAGUUCUUUCCGGUGAGUAUUUCUACGCCAAUUUGUAUAGCGGGGAGCUUUCGAUGGCCAAACCAAUGAUAAAGAAUGCAGUUCGUGGAGGCAUACUCGCUGAUGAAAUGGGUUUGGGAAAGACCAUAUCUGCCCUUGCACUAGUUUCUGCCUGCCCGUAUGACACAGAAAUAGACCAAUCAAGAGGGAGCCCUGAUUCUCGAAACUAUGCUUCACAGACCACGCUUGUGGUUGUUCCUAUGUCGUUGUUGACUCAAUGGCAUAAAGAAUUUUUGAAGGUGAACGCCAAUAAAAACCACAAAUGUCUCAUUUAUUAUGGAGACCAGACGAGUGUUAAUCUUUCAACCAAGCUUUGCAAUAUAAGGAAAGAAAUUCCAGUGGUUAUUUUGACCACUUACGGCACCCUCUUGAACGAAUACCAAAGCAUUGUUUCUCGAUCUAUCGAAGUGGAAGGCAAGCAGCAAUUGCCAAGGGAAGGUUUAUUUUCAGUGAAAUUCUUUCGAGUUAUUCUUGAUGAAGGUCACAACAUCCGUAAUAGAACCGCCAAAACAUCUAAAGCAGUGUAUGCCUUACGCCUGUCAAGACGCUGGGUGUUAACUGGAACUCCAGUGAUCAAUAGAUUGGACGACAUGUACUCGUUGGUCAAGUUUUUGGAACUCGAACCAUGGUCAAAUUUUUCGUAUUGGAAAACUUUUGUUACUGAGCCAUUCGAGCAAAGGAAAAUAAAGCAAACAAUAGAUGUGGUGAAAUCCAUCUUGGAUCCAAUUCUACUUCGAAGGACCAAGAAUAUGAGAGUGGACGGAGAACUUCUUGUAGAACUUCCAGAAAAGGAGGUGUCAAUCCAAGAAGUUACCUUUAACGAAAGGGAAAGGCAGUUGUAUGAUUGGUUCCGAGUUCGUGCCUCAAGAGUUUUCAAAGAAGGACUAAAAUCUGGAGACCUUCUUCGUCGAUAUACCCAAAUACUUACCCAGAUUUUAAGACUUCGUCAAAUAUGUUGUCACAUGGACUUGGUGGGCUCGCUUCAGCAAGACUUUGACGAGGAGGUCGCUAAUGGAGAAGAGGAUUUGAAAAGCGAGUUAGAUCAAUUUAACCAGACUGCGAAACCUGAGCAACAAGACCUGUUCAAAACGGAGACAGAGGUAAAGGAUGUUCUUUAUCCGCUUUACCAGAGUUUCACCUUGGAAACUUCGGAGUGCUCCAUCUGUACUCAGUCUCCUAUUUCAAUUGGCGAGUUGACAUUGACUACCUGCGGCCACACAUUUUGCCUCAAAUGUAUAUUGGAGCAUAUUGCAUUUCAACAAAGACUAUCCCAGCCUAUCAAAUGCCCUAAUUGUCGAGCUUCCAUUUCAAAGCAUAAGCUCUUCAAAUUGAGGAAUAAAAUCACAACUAAAAAAGAUAUUCUUUUCCAUAAUCCAACGCUUACGAUAACAAAAGAUCAAUUUGAGUAUGAAAUCUUCCACUAUGAUCCUGACAAUGGUUCCUCAAAGAUACAAGCUCUUAUAUUACACUUGCAGCAAAUUCAAGAACAAAGUCCUGGAGAAAGGGUUGUUGUUUUCUCUCAAUUCUCUUCAUAUUUGGAUCUCAUUGAAAAUGAACUUAAAGUUCAGGGAAGUGAUAUAUUUCACGUUGUCAAGUUUGAUGGAAGGUUGAAAAUGCACGAGAGAAACCAGUUGAUCGAAUCGUUCAACAAUGAUGAUACUAGUCCACGAGUCUCAAUUUUACUAUUGUCUUUGAAAGCAGGUGGUGUUGGACUUAAUUUAACAUCUGCUUCACGAGCAUUCAUGAUGGAUCCUUGGUGGUCGCCCAGUGUGGAGGACCAAGCUAUUGACCGGAUUCAUAGAAUUGGCCAAGUGAGAAACGUCAAGGUGACCCGGUUCAUCAUCCAGGAGAGUAUUGAAGAGAAGAUGCUUAAAAUUCAAGAGAGAAAAAAGCAGAUAGGAGAAGCUGUGGGCGCCGAUGAACAAGAAAGACAGAAACGGAGAAUUGAGGAAAUACAAAUUUUAUUCGAGGAUUAG